AUGAACUUCUGUGACAAUACCCACCUUCAUACCUUGGGGCUCAACCUGGAAGCCCAGAUCGAGCUCCGGCUGGUGGCAAAUCCCACACCACGACACGGUGAUGAUGGGAAUGGAUCUCACGGCGGCUUAGCUUUCAAACCGGCCUCAAAGCAGCUGCAGGUUGGCCGAGCCCGUCGAGGAAAGGGUCCAUUGAAAGCCCCAGCGGAGAAGCAGGAUCGGCACAAGAACCUCGUCCUCGCCGCUCCCCAAUGCCUCGGGUGUGAUUUGCAUUGGGUCACCUUUGCGGAGCCAAAGGAGCCAUACAUGUCGGAAGCCUGCGCUGACUUCCUUACUUGUGUCAGAGACACGUUUUAUCCCUCUCAGAUCUGCGCGCGGCUUGACAAGGUCGACAGAUCCUUGUGGGUCGUCCUACUCGAGGAUCCCCUCUACUUCAACGCUAUUCAAUUCGGUACUCUUGCAUAUAGGGAGUUGCUCGCUGGCCUACCCUCCAGCAAGGAGACACACAAGCAUAGACUAAAGACUAUCCGCCUUCUCAGGGAAAGAAUAAGCUCGAUCGAUAAUAAAGCGGCAACUUCCGAUGCAACGGCCCUGGCUAUCAUCAUUCUAGCACACUUUUCAGAGGCAGUUGGGGACGCCAAAAGCUUUGAGGCCCACAUGAAUGGGCUAAAGGCGCUGGUCGAUGCACGAGGAGGGUUGAAAGACUUGAAGUCGGGCCUCAUAGAGCUUCGGACAAAGAUAUGCAGAGUUGAUACCGCCUUUGCCUUUCUUUCUGACCGUCCUCCAAUGUUCUUCCAGGGCGAAGUACCAUGGGACCGUUAUGUUCUAGAUCAAUACAACCCUACAGAUAUUAGCUCAGACUACAUCCAGCUCCAGAAUAUGCAGUCACUCGAUUGGAGAUUACUUAAUGUCUGGUUGGAUAUGCAACAGUUUUCAUUCAUGUGCAACGACAUUCAGAAACGUGGCGUGCGACUUGAUCAACUCGUUUACAGCAAGAUCAUGGUUUCGAUGCAAUACCGUCUACUCUGCCUGUCCUUCAGCGAUUGCUCCUUAAACAAUGCAUUGCGCGCCGCGAUGUUAGUUGUCAUGACGAGAUUGAUGUUUGGAUGGCAUCCGAGAAAUGAUGCCCAAGUUCGGGCCGCAGUGCGACUUGAUGAGGCCAUGGUCUCUAUCCUGGAUGGAAAACUCGAUGUGCCCCAUCACGUCUUGUUCUGGAUGCACAUGGUCCGAAGUCAACUGGGCGGCUUGGCUCGGAUAGACGCUCGCCUCAAUACUUGGCUUGUCGACACGAUUGAGGCGCUUUCUUUUCGUUCCUGGGCAGAAUCAAGAAAGGUUCUGCUCUCAAUGGUGUGGUUUGAAUUCUUUGGAGAAUCGCAAGCUGAGCUUGCUUUUGAUUAUGCCUCCACGAACCUGCCCGGCCGUUGA